GCGACUGGCGACUGCCGUUUGGUAAAAGCCCAUAUGGCCGCGACUACGAUUGCGUCUGCGAUUACGAUUCUAUUUCAGCCAAUCAAAAAGGUAGCUGUCAGCGAUUGCGACUGGCGACUGCUUUUUGGCUUUGAAUCCAUUUUUCGAGUCGCAGUCACAGUCGCAGCCAAUCACAGGAUCCGAUUUGGUCACGUGGUGCAAUGUGGUGCUAGUGCGUGAAAACCACGUGUAUACGACCGUGUUGAAAACAAAUAUUGAACAUCUGUGAUAUUGAAGCAGAUAGAAAGUCACACAAUGCCACCGAAACAUAAUUUCUCGAAAGAGACAGAUUACCGUCUGAUCGACCUUGUGGAAUUAAAACCACUUUUUUGGGACUGUACAAGCCACUUGUACAGACGAACACAUCUUAAGAUUGCAGUAUGGGACGAAAUAGCCGAGCAGUUGGGUUCAGAUUUCACAGGUGCUGUUGUAUCAAGCCGUUUUAGAAACAUGAAGGAUACGUUUGCAAGAAAUUUAAAAGCUAUGAAAGAAUCAAAGCGCAGUGGAGCUGGCACAGACAAUAUAUACAAGCCCAAGUGGCACAUGUUUGAGAGAUUAAUGUUUCUCCAAAAGAGUUGUAUCCAAGGAGACUCACAAUCAAAUAUUUCCCCCAUCCAGCUAGAGACAACUGCAGCAUCAGAUUCAGAAUCUUCACAAAUCAGUAAUGAAGCGAAUGAUAACACAUCAUGUACACAAAAUACACCACUUAUCUACCAUGAUGAAGCAAUGCAGGAAUUUGCGAUAAUUCCACCUGAAGUAAAUGUAGGAAGUACACACUUGACAUCUUCUGAUCCAAAUUCUUCUAGUGUAUCUGCAUGUAGCGAUUUUGAACCAAUUGCACCUCUACCAGAAAAGAGUCCGUCACCUCAAUCUCUCCCAAGGCUGGCAUCUAAUUCUGCACUCAGCAGCAUCACUCAAUCUUCUCAACAACAACAAAAUCCUGUUACUGUAUCCAACAAGCGAUCAUCAGAAAACCAAGAGCAAUUAUUUUAUAAGAGAGAAUUGAAAACGAAAAAACAAUCAUCAAUAAUGGAGGAGGCUGUAGGUGCCUUGAAACAGAUGGCUCAACCUGACCCAGUUUUAUCUCUUCCUCAACCUGAAAUUAAUGAUUCAGCUCAUACUUUGGCAUUAUUCUUAGAAAUCAGGCUUCGUUCAUUAUCUCUGGAGAAUCGAAAAAAGUGUGAAGACGAAAUUUUGAAACUGUUAGCACAGUUUUGA